AUGCCCACGGCAACGCCAACAAAGAAGGAGAUGCAGGAUCGUCUUCGACAGCAGGGCGAGAAUCCGCCCACGUCGUGGACCAAGGUUCAGCUGACAGCCCGGUUGGCGGAGCUGGCAGAGGAGGAGACCAGCACUGCAACAGUGAUGACCGAGCGCGACGUGGUGAAGACCAUCAACCGCUGCAAGCGCAAGGUAGAGCUACAGGCACUGCUGCAGACGCACAGGGUGGAGUUCACUCCCUCCCAGACAAUCGACCAGUUGAAGAGCAAGAUCUACAAGCACCUCAUGGAGAACCAAGUGACACCUUCCGGUCGGGAGAACAUGGGUUUCGGCAAACACUCGGACAUGACCUACGAACAAGUGGUGGUGGAGAAGCCCGAGUACACGAAGUGGUGCAUCAGCACAGCAGUGGAAAAUCCAGAGAGUCACUGGAGGCUCCUGAGGUUCGCGCAGUGGGCCCAAGGGAUCUCCCUGAGCGAGAAGGAGACAAUCCGCGCCCGAAUCGGACAACCAUGGAAUCCCAGCUAUCCAGCGAAGGCAGCAGCGGCGAAACGGCUGAGCGCACCCAGCGCCGCGUCUGGUUCAGAGACAUCCUGGGAGAUGGCCCAGGAGGUCAAUCAAGAUCUGGAGAUGAUUCCAGAAGAAGCAAUGAGCCGGAUCAAGGAGCUGGAGAACGAGCUCUCCCGCCUACGCCAAGAGAUGGGCAAUCGCGAGCCAUUGGAUCACCGGAAGACCAGCAGUCAAUUCAUAGAGGGCGACCUCCAGAACAACGAUGAGGACCUUGCUGAUGAUGCUGAGCAGAACCUAGGCGUAUUCUCCUUUGCAACGGAUGAACCAACGCAGUUCCGAGCAAUCCAAGAGGCUCCAGGUUGGGGCUUGGUCAGUAGUGAUGGGGCUCUGAUUCAGAAUUUGGCCCUUCAGUGCGAUCAGAAGCAUACCAUGGAUAGGACCACUACGUAUCCAAGGGGUGACGCCAUGGCUUAUACCAGGGAGUUUGCACGUCGAGUGAUCCGAUAUCUUCAGAGGAAGGAGAGCUGGUUUGAGAUUGCUAAAGAGCUUCAAGGUGGUAGCGAUGUGUGUCUCAUGACCAGUGAGCCGGACCAGUCCAGCGAGACUCCCUCUGAGGGCAUCCAGGACAUUCCCCGGGAGACGCGAAAGCGCAUUUUCCAGAAUCUGCGCAAGAUUCAUACUGCCACAGGGGUUCAGGACUUUGUGGACUUCUUUGAAGGUCAUUGGUUGCCUCAUUUCGGAAAACCUCAGGUUCUUCGGUUGGUUCAACACAUCCCAGCUGAGGCACAUUGGCAAAAUUCUGUGGUGGAGCGUUCCGUUCAGAUGAUCAAAGAGACGAUGAGAUCUGGUCUAUGUAUGGCGCAGAAUGACUCCCCGCCAGGACGUCCGGUUAAGAAGCAGAAUCCUCUCACAGCAGCUGACUUCUUGGAAGAUUGUGGAGUUGUCUUCCCCGAGGAGGAGUCGAAUUACUGGAGGAAUGCCGUUGAAGUGUCGGAAAAACGACUUACGGAUGCAGAACGGGCAGCGUUCAGAACCGCAAAACAGAAGGAGGUCAAAAACUUCAUCAUUGCCAAGGCCUUCCAGUGGUUGCUGACGUGGAAGCUUGAUGACGACCCAAAGAAUGACAAUCCAGUGAAGAAGGAUCACCUAGGAGACAUCAGUGGAGCCUUCCUUCAAGGUGACAGUUUUGGCCCCGAUCGGCCCAUGGUGUGCGAGCCUCUACCUGAGAUCUGUGAGGCCUUAGGAGUGCCAAGUGGAAGCGCGAUGCUCCUGACCAAGGCAGCAUACGGGUUAGUGGAGGCGCCAAUUCAGUGGUACUUAUCAGUGUCUCGAUUCUUGGAGUCCAUCGGAGGGGAACGUCAGCUUUCGGAUCCUACUUGUUGGGGUUUCUUCAGAGCUGAUCGUACACCUAUAGCCUGGGUUUGUGGUCACGUGGAUGAUUUCCUUUUUGGGGGAAAACAGGGUGAUCCAGAGUGGCAACGCAUUCGGAGCAUGAUUCAGGAACGAUUUAAAUGGGGUCAAUGGGAAAGCAAGCGAUUCACUCAGUGUGGGGUGUUGCUGAUUGAACAAGAUUCAGAAGGGUUCCACCUGAGCCAACCUGAGUAUCUAGAAGCUGUGAAUGAGAUCCAUGUCAGCAGGACCCGUUGGCAACAAGCUGAGAGUCCUAUUAACGCCGCCGAACUCCAGCAACUCAGGAGUGUGCUUGGUGCCUUAUCAUGGCAUGCCAGUCAGGUGGCUCCUCAGUGGUGUGCUCCGGUGAGCUUACUGCUCUCCAAGAUCCACACAGGCGUGGUGAAUGACAUUCUGGAGACAAACAAACUUCUUCGACGAGCAAAACUGGGACAACACCAAAAGAUGCGCAUCCAUGGAUACGGACAAGAAGCAUCAAUCCUGGCAGCAUGGGUGGACGCAGCAGAUGGACACAGGCCAGAUGGAGGUUCAACAAAAGGGAUACUCAUUGGAUGGGCCCCUCGAAGGUUGUUGGAAGGAGCCUUGGUCCGCAUUAGCCCUAUGUUCUGGCAGUCCGCAAAGAUUCAAAGAACAUGCCGAAGCAGUGGCGCCGCAGAGACGCAUGCAGCAGUGGAUGCAGAUGAUGAGUUGUAUGCAGUAAGGUUCCAGGUGUUUGAGUUUCAGGGUGGUCAAGUGCCGUUAUGGUCAUGUGAUGAUGCUGUUCAAACUAUUGAGGGCGUUCUCAUUAGUGACAGUAGGAAUCUGUAUGAUCGGCUUCAGCAAACGGUGUUGACUCUGAAGGGUGGGUCAACGGUGAUAGUCAGCUGGCUAACUCAUUAA